AUGGAGGGAGAUUCAGUCACCCUAAACAUUGGGGUUGAAAUAAAACAACAACAAGAAGAUAUAAAAUGGUAUUUUAAUGACAUUUGCAUUGCUCAGAAUAAGAGUAAGAUCUGUUCGGAUGAUCAGUGUAAAGAGAGAUUCAGAGACAGACUGAAGCUGGAUCAUCAGACUGGAUCUCUGACCAUCACACACACCACAAACACAGACUCUGGAGUUUAUCAACUACUGAUCAGCGGCAGCAGCUUUAAAAAGGUCUUCAUUGUAUCUGUUCAUGGUUCGUCUGGUGUUGAUACAGUCAGAGUGUCAGUGUCAGUGAUGGAGGGAGAUUCGGUCACUCUACACACUGGUGUUCAAACAAACCAACAAGACAGAAUUAGAUGGUAUUAUAAUGACAUUCGCAUCGCUCAAAUCAAUAGAGAUCAGAGUAAGAUCUGUACAGAUGUUCAGUGUAAUAAAGAUACUGAGAGAUUCAGAGACAGACUGAAGCUGGAUCAUCAGACUGGAUCUCUGACCAUCAUGAACAUCACAAACACACAUGCUGGAGUGUAUAAACUAUGGAUCACCAGCAACAGCGACAGUGAAAAGAUCUUCAAUGUUUCAGUUCAAGGUGUUUCUGCUGCUGAACGAGAAGAAGUAAAGAGAAAGGAGGGAGAAUCUGUCACGUUAUAUACUGGUGUACUAACAAAACCAAUUCAUUUUACGACAUGGUAUUUUAACGACAUUCUCAUCGCUGAAAUCACUGGAGAUCAGAGUAAGAUCUGUACAGAUGUUCAGUGUGAAGAGAGAUUCAGAGACAGACUGAAACUGGAUCAUCAGACUGGAUCUCUGAUCAUCACACACACCAGAACUGAAGACUCUGGAGAAUAUCAACUACAGAUCGGCAGUGACAGCAGUCGUCAUCGACGCAACAUCAUUAAGAGAUUCAGUGUUUCUGUCACCGAUUCAGGUUCAUCUUCAGCUGUUAUUGCAGGAAUGAGUGCUGCUGUUGUUCUGCUGUUUGUGACUGUAGCAGUCGCUGUGAUUUUCUAUCGCCACAUGACAUAUACACAAAGAAGAAAACCUGAAGAUGAUGAGGCGUCCAGGGAGAAGAACACACCUCUGCUAACAGAUGAUCCUAAUGAAGCAACAAAUGAUCAGAACGAGCCUCUGUCAAUGACCGUCCUUAAAGUGGCGUCCGAUGACCAGGAAGAGUCUCAGUCGACGGAUGUCUCUACAGUGGCGACCGAUGGGUCUGUGCCGACGCCUGUCACUACAGCAGCAACCGAUGGGUCUGUGCCGACGCCUGUCACUACAGCAGCGACCGAUGGGUCUGUGCCGACGCCUGUCACUACAGCAGCGACCGAUGGGUCUGUGCCGACCGAUGGGUCUGUGCCGACGCCUGUCACUACAGCAGCGACUGAUGGGUCUGUGCCGACGCCUGUCACUACAGCAGCGACCGAUGGGUCUGUGCCGACGCCUGUCACUACAGCAGCGACCGAUGGGUCUGUGCCGACCGAUGGGUCUGUGCCGACGCCUGUCACUACAGCAGCGACUGAUGGGUCUGUGCCGACGCCUGUCACUACAGCAGCGACCGAUGGGUCUGUGCCGACGCCUGUCACUACAGCGGCAACCGAUGGGUCUGUGCCGACGCCUGUCACUACAGCAGCGACCGAUGGGUCUGUGCCGACGCCUGUCACUACAGCGGCAACCGAUGGGUCUGUGCCGACGCCUGUCACUACAGCAGCAACCGAUGGGUCUGUGCCGACGCCUGUCACUACAGCAGCAACCGAUGGGUCUGUGCCGACGGCUGUCACUACAGCAGCAACCGAUGGGUCUGUGCCGACGCCUGUCACUACAGCAGCAACCGAUGGGUCUGUGCCGACGGCUGUCACUACAGCAGCGACCGAUGGGUCUGUGCCGACGCCUGUCACUACAGCAGCGACCGAUGGGUCUGUGCCGACGCCUGUCACUACAGCGGCAACCGAUGGGUCUGUGCCGACGGCUGUCACUACAGCAGCAACCGAUGGGUCUGUGCCGACGCCUGUCACUACAGCGGCAACCGAUGGGUCUGUGCCGACGCCUGUCACUACAGCAGCAACCGAUGGGUCUGUGCCGACGCCUGUCACUACAGCAGCGACCGAUGGGUCUGUGCCGACGCCUGUCACUACAGCAGCGACCGAUGGGUCUGUGCCGACCGAUGGGUCUGUGCCGACGCCUGUCACUACAGCAGCGACCGAUGGGUCUGUGCCGACGGCUGUCACUACAGCAGCGACCGAUGGGUCUGUGCCGACGCCUGUCACUACAGCAGCGACCGAUGGGUCUGUGCCGACGCCUGUCACUACAGCAGCGACCGAUGGGUCUGUGCCGACGCCUGUCACUACAGCAGCGACCGAUGGGUCUGUGCCGACGCCUGUCACUACAGCGGCAACCGAUGGGUCUGUGCCGACGCCUGUCACUACAGCGGCAACCGAUGGGUCUGUGCCGACGCCUGUCACUACAGCAGCAACCGAUGGGUCUGUGCCGACGCCUGUCACUACAGCGGCAACCGAUGGGUCUGUGCCGACGCCUGUCACUACAGCAGCGACCGAUGGGUCUGUGCCGACGCCUGUCACUACAGCAGCGACCGAUGGGUCUGUGCCGACGCCUGUCACUACAGCGGCAACCGAUGUUAAAAAAAAAGAGGCGGAUUGA